GUUCUAAGAUUAAUGAGAGCUCCCCUCAAGAAGCAGUAGCAGGCCACAGCAGGCACCUCCAUGUUCAAAGAUGAUUAUUGCUUUAUUAUGAUGUUACAUGACUGGCUUGAAUGUCAUCAUUUUGGAGUGUCUGACCUAUAUGCUUCUCUUGCUUUGUGCAGCCCGAAUAGUAGCAUUGAUAUUCUGGCAUCAGUCCGGCUUAAAUGAACAGUAUGUAUGUACGAGGGCAGUGAGGUACCUUGUGACGACCACGGAGAUAUAGAGAGUUUGUAUUGUAUUCUUCAUCUGUGUUGGGCUUUGGUUAGCUAAGUCAUUAGCAGUAAUCUCGUGUAUUUGGGCCUAGGUUUAGCCGGCCCAACGUUUUCGUAUAAAGAGUCUGUAAUAGGGAGGAUUUGAACAGAAUAGAAAAUACAGAAAGAAAAGGCAGUUGAACCUCCAUACCUGAGUUUUGUCGGGUCGGUGGAUGUGGCUCACGCCUCGGCGACUUCAGCCGGCGGCCAGGGGCGUUACAGUGGUAUCAGAUUCGGCGAUUCUCGGCGAGCGAAGAUCGGUGCACGACGGCGCCAGUCAUCAAACCGUCGGCGCAAACCCGUUUCAUCCUGGAAGCGAUGGCGAAUCGAGAGAAGGAAGGACUGGAUCGAUGGGAAGCGAUGAUGAUGAAGGUCGAUCGGUUGACGGAGGUGCAGGAACGUCUGGUCAUGCAGACGGAGUUGUCGGCGACCAUGGCGAAGAGGGCGAUGGAGGAGCGGGUCCGUCUCGCGCAGCAGCUCGAGCAGGUCGAGAAGGAGGUGGCCGGGUUUCGUCUAGAACAACAGGCGCGGGAGAUGGAACACGACAGUCAUGGGCAGAACCGCAAGGAUGAUGCUCAACAGGAGGCGGAACCAAGUCACAGGUAUCGUGACCAGUUAUAUCAGCGUUCCAGGGAGGAGACAAAUCGGAGAUCCGAGGAGAGGGAGUUUCAGCAGGCUCCUCUGCCGAGGAUGGGAUUUCCGAGGUUCGAAGGUGGGGAACCCAAGAUUUGGCUCAAGAAAUGUGUGGAUUACUUCCACCUCUGCCAUGUUCCUGAAACAGUAUGGGUCAUGUCUGCAUCACUGCAUAUGGAGGAAAACGCAGCGCGAUGGUUUCAGGUGUAUACGCUUCGGAAUGGAUUGAGUUCCUGGGAAGAAUUUGCACAGGCGGUGUUGCAGAAAUUUGGGACGGGAGAUUAUUUUCAGGCCAUGGAUAAUCUGUUGGAAUUGCGUCAGAAAGGGACAGUGGAUGAAUACCUAAAGGAGUUCGAGGUGAUUAGGUAUGCGGCAGCUAUCCACAACCCACAGUUGGACGAGACCAUGUUCGUCGCACAUUUCAUCAAGGGUUUGAAGCAAGAAUUACAAGGGCAUGUGCAGUCUCAUGUUCCAGCUACGGUGGAUAGAGCGGCGUUUCUGGCGCGGAUUCAACGAAAUGUUUUGGAAAAGCAAAGACAGAAGUAUCUGAAGUUUGGAGGGCAGGGUAAAAUCAAUAACUCUGCUGUUCGGCAAGAAAAUAAGGCAGUUCUGGCGGGUCAAGAUCUGUCCAAGGAGAAACUGGUCAGAGAGUACCGAAGACAGAACGAGUUGUGUUUUACUUGCGGGGACAAGUUCGAUCCGGGGCAUCAAAACAAAUGUCCUAAGAAGGUACAAAUGCAGUUGAAUGUUCUGUCAACUGAUGAACUGAAGAUGACUUUGACAGACGAAGUGCUGGACAGAUUGGAGCAGGAGGAGCUGGUAGCAGAGGAGUGUUUCAAGUUGUCGUUGCAUGCAAUCAGUGGCACUACGGCUGAAGAUUGUAUGGGGGUCAGGGCACUGUUGCAGAACCAAGUGUUACUGAUACUAGUGGACUCAGGAAGUUCGGCUAGUUUCAUUAGCCAGACUAUGGUGGAUCGAGUAGGAUUACCCACACAACAGUGUUCAUUGGCGAAGGUUAAAGUGGCAAAUGGGGAGAUCUUGAAAAGUGACAGAGUGGUAAAAUCGAUGGAAUGGUGGGCUAAUGGCCACACCUAUAGAAAUGACAUGAGGGUGCUGGAGUUAGGAGCUUAUGAUGCAAUAUUGGGAUAUGAUUGGUUAAGAAGACAUAGUCCUAUGCAAUGUGAUUGGGAAGGGAAGAUCAUAAGCUUUGAGGAUAAUGGGGAGGAGGUUCAGUUGAUGGGAACUGCUGGUCAGCAGGGAGAGGUGAUGGGAAUUUCUACGGUGCAAUUGGAGAAGAUGAUAAAGGGUAAUGAUAUUUGGGCUUUUGCAGUAUUGGAGACAGUCACAGAAGUGGAGCAGUUCAAUGAAGGAGAAUUACAGUUUUUACUGGAGGAAUAUAAAGAUGUGUUUGAUGCUCCAACAUCUUUGCCUCCGUCAAGACCAUUCGAUCAUCAUAUUCCACUACUUCCAGAUGCUAUACCGGUGAACUCCAAGCCCUAUCGUUAUUCACCAUUCCACAAAACUGAAAUAGAGAAGCAAGUCUCUGAGCUUUUGAAAAGUGGACUUAUAAUUCCCAGUGUCAGUCCAUUUGCUUCACCAGUAUUGUUGGUGCAAAAGAAAGAUGGGUCAUGGCGAUUUUGUGUGGACUACAGAAAAUUGAACAAUAUGACCAUAAAAACAGAUUUCCGAUGCCGGUGGUAGAGGAGAUUUUGGAUGAACUAGCAGGGACUCAAUACUUCUCUAGCAUGGACAUGACAGCGGGAUAUCAUCAAGUAAGAAUGGGGGAGGGUGAAGAGUACAAGACUGCGUUUAAAACUCAUCAAGGACAUUAUCAAUUUAGGGUAAUGCCUUUUGGUCUCACAAACGCUCCUGCAACUUUUCAGUGUGCAAUGAACUUGGUGUUGGCACCUUUCCUUCGCAAAUUUGUGAUGGUUUUCCUGGACGAUAUAUUGGUGUAUAGUCCCAGUUGGCAAAAACA